GUGACGUCACUGUAGGAAAACAAAAACAAGCCUCGUCCUGCUCUUGUUUUUAUUGUUUUUAUUCCGUUCGUCGUCUUUUAAUCUUUUAACCUCCGCAGCUGCUUCUUCGAGAUGCUAACGUGUGUUAGCUCACCCAGCUAGCGCCAGCGGCUGUUGCUCAACACUCAGUCUGUUGUUGUCUCCUCUGCCCGGUCCCAGGUCCCAGGUCCCGGUCCCAGGUCCCGGUCCCAGGUGCUGGUCCCGGUGGAGCUGCAGGUGACCGGUACCGGAGCAGUCACGUCUCGGUAGCGGACUGGUGCCGGUGGAUCCGCAGCCAUGGCUCAGCAGAGAGGAGUCAACAGCCUCCAGUUCAACCAGGACCAGAGUUGUUUCUGCUGUGCGAUGGAGACGGGCGUCAGGAUCUAUAACGUGGAGCCUCUGAUGGAGAAGGGUCACCUGGACCAUGAGCAGGUCGGCAGCGUGGCGCUCUGCUCCAUGCUGCACCGGUCCAACCUGCUGGCCGUGGUCGGAGGAGGAGUGAACCCAAAGUUCUCUGAAAUAUCAGUUCUGAUCUGGGACGACGCUCGAGAGACACGUGACCCCAAAGACAAGCUGGUCCUGGAGUUCACCUUCACCAAACCGGUUCUGGCCGUUCGCAUGAGGCACGACAAGAUCAUCAUCGUGUUAAAGAACAGGAUCUACGUGUAUAGUUUCCCAGACAACCCGGUCAAACUGUUUGAGUUUGACACCAGAGACAACCCCAAAGGUCUGUGUGAUCUGUGUCCCAGUCUGGAGAAGCAGCUGCUGGUGUUUCCAGGUCAUAAGUGCGGCAGCUUGCAGCUAGUUGAUUUGUCGAACACCAAACCUGGAACCUCCUCCGCCCCCUUCACCAUCAACGCCCACCAGAGCGAGAUCGCCUGCGUGGCUCUGAACCAGCCCGGCAGCGUGGCGGCGUCGGCCUCUCGUAAAGGAACGCUCAUCCGCCUGUUCGACACCACCACCAGAGACAAGCUGGUGGAGCUCCGCAGAGGAACCGACCCGGCCACCCUCUACUGCAUCAACUUCAGUCACGACUCGUCGUUCCUCUGCGCCUCCAGUGACAAAGGCACAGUUCACAUCUUUGCGCUGAAAGACACCAAACUGAACCGUCGCUCUGCACUGGCUCGUGUGGGGAAGGUGGGUCCUGUGAUUGGUCAGUACGUGGACAGUCAGUGGUCGCUGGCCAGCUUCACCGUUCCGGCUGAAUGUGCCUGUAUCUGUGCUUUUGGAAAGAACACGUCCAAGAACGUCAACUCGGUCAUCGCGAUCUGUGUGGACGGAACCUUCCACAAGUACGUGUUCACCCCCGAUGGAAACUGCAACCGUGAAGCCUUCGACGUGUAUCUGGACAUCUGUGAUGACGACGACUUCUGAGGAACCGGCUCCUGGACACGUGGAGGACGAUGUGUCCUGUGGAGACACUCUAUCAAGUCCUGUGUUUGAUCAUUUCUACAGGAGGAAGCAGUGUUACUUUAUUGAAAACUCUAAAUUAUUUUUUUAAUAUUAAAUAUGUAAGUUGACGUUAAUGUCCAUUGGGAGUGUUAAUCGACUUCAGAUCACAAGUGUGUGUCGCUGCUUUGAAGAGCGGGCGUCACAAAAUGCUUCACAAUAAAAACAAAAGCCAUGAAAUCCACACAAAGACAAAAGUGCAAACUGAUAUCGAUUAUUAGUAAGAUGAUGAAAUAAGUGGAUGUCAAGAUUCUGUUCUUUUCUGUGUUUGUGAGAUAAAUAAAGUCACACUGAAAAUAAAGUCCUUUUUUAAGAAA